AUGGCCGACCUCCGCUCCCCCUCCGACGACAACCUCCCCUCCCACAACGAAGACCAGCGCGACAGGACGAACAGCAUGUCGUUAGGAAACACAGAUACCGCGCCUUCCUCUCAGAAUGGCGCCCCCGCGCCUGCCGCAGCAAACGAUGCCGCCUCCGCCGCUCCCGACGUAGCUGCCCCAGGGCCCAACCCAGAAGUCUUGCGCCAGGUGCAAGAAGUGCUGUCAUCCGACAUCGGUGUGUCGACCAUGUUGAACCAGCUCAAGGCGAGCAUCGCGUCCGCAAAGGAAUUCGCCCUCUUCCUGAAGAAGAGAUCGAACGCCGAGGAAUCCCAUGCGUCCUCCCUCAAGAAGCUGUCCCGCAUGAGCCAGGAGACCAUGCACCAGCCCGAUCACAAGCAGGGCACCUUCGCCCAGGCCUAUACCGAGAUGAUGUAUGUCCAUGAGCGCAUGGCUGAGAACGGCUUUCAGUUCGCCGUCUCACUACACCAGAUGCACGACGACCUCAUUGAGCUUGCCGCCAUGGCCGAGCGCAGCAGGAAAGGGUGGAAGGCGAACGGCUUAGCUGCUGAGCAUCGCGUGGCAGAGCUGGAGGCUGCUAUGCGCAAGUCCAAGGCCAAGUACGACAGUCUCGCGGAGGAAUACGACCGCGCGCGCACCGGCGACACAAGCAGGAACAGCGGCAAGAUGUUCAGUCUGAAGGCCAAAUCGGGUCCUCAGCACGAGGAGGACCUUUUGCGAAAGGCUCAAGCCGCCGACCAGGACUACCAGGCCAAGGUCCAGACAUUGCAAAGCGAAAAGGCCGAGCUGAUCGCUAGGACACGACCGGAAGCCAUUUCUGCGUUACAAGAUUUAGUCAGGGAUACAGAUGCUGCUUUGGCGCUUCAGAUGCAGAAAUUUGCAUCUUUUAGUGAGAAGCUUCUUUUGAGCAACGGCUUAAGCAUCAGCCCGCUCAAGGGGCAAGGUUCCGGAGGACCGCGUAGCCUUCGUGAGGCUGUGAUGGCCAUUGAUAAUGACAAGGACCUUAACGACGUCCUCUGCUCGCACUACUCGAAACUACCCCCCAAUAACGAUAUCAAGUACGAGAAGAACCCCAUCUUAGCUACGGCUCGCCAUCCAGCCAUGGGCCACCAACCGAAUGCUUCGGUUUCACACAUUCCGCAGGCGACACCUGGAGGUCAGUUCGGCGGGCUGCCAGCCGGGCAGAGGGAGCAACAGCAUCAACAGCAGCAGCAACAGCAACAACAACAGCAGCAGCAGCAGCAGCAGCAGCAAAUGCCUCCUCCUCCUAGGCCAAACAAUUUCCAGCAGCCUGCAGAGUCUCCUUCCAACUUUGCCCCGCCUAGCAUGCCAGCAGCUCAACAACAGCGUCCUUCGUCUCAGCAACAGGCCGCGCCUCAGCCUCAGCAACAUGGUCGCAGCUUCAGUACCAAUAUGCUGAACCAGCAGCCCAGCCAACACCAGCAAUUCCAGGCGAAUCGCAACUCUGGCGUUCUGCAGUCUAGAUAUAACGGUGGCGGCAGCACCAUCACCUCCCAAGGCCCGCCGCAGCUCGGAGCCCUACCCUUCCAGACCUCGCGAGACCAAUCGCCUCCUCCGGAGCAGCAGCAACGAGCGCCUUCGCCCCAAAGCCAACCCCUGCAACCCCAGCAACUUCAACAACGGCAGCCGAACAACCCCUUGCAGCAGCACCCUGCGCAAGGGCCGCCGCCCGGAGCUGUCAAGUAUCAGGCUUACAGCAGACAAUCCCCUCCUCUCGCCGGCGGCGCUUCCGCACCGCCGCCCAAUCCUGCGAAGCCCGUUUUCGGACUAAGCUUGUCCCGUCUAUAUGAGCGGGACGGCCUCCCCGUGCCUAUGGUCGUCUAUCAGUGUAUCCAGGCAGUGGACCUCUACGGACUUGGUGUCGAGGGCAUCUACCGCCAGUCUGGCUCGUUGACGCACAUCAACAAACUGAAGACCAUGUUCGACACCGAAUCAAGCAACCCUGCGCUUGAUUUCAGGAACCCGGAGAACUUUUACCACGACGUCAAUAGUGUUACGGGCCUGUUGAAGCAGUUCCUCCGUGACCUACCUGACCCGCUGCUCACCAUGGAGCACCACAGCGAGUUGAUUGACGCAGCCAAACACGACGACGACAUUGUCCGCCGUGACUCGCUCCACGCCAUCAUCAACAGCCUCCCCGAUCCCAACUACGCCACCCUGCGCUCCCUGACGCUUCACCUACACCGUGUCAUGGACAACUCACACGUCAACCGCAUGAACUCGCAUAACCUUGCCGUCAUCUUUGGCCCCACCGUCAUGGGCACCGACCCGAAGACCAGCAUUGCCGAUGCGGGAUGGCAGAUCAAGGUCGUUGACACGAUUCUUCAGAACUGCUACGAAAUCUUUGACGACGAGUAG